AUGAAAAUUUGGCAAGAAGCAGCGCUACUGCAUGAAUCAGGGCAUCUAUUCCUCAAGAAAAACUCACUAGUCCAGGUUCUCAAUCAUGCUCGUGACCAUAGUAUUCGAGAGUCAUUGGAUUUUGUGAAGACAUGGAAUAUGAGUCAGUUGCAGUCAGUAGAUUUGCGUGAUGGUGCGAUGGCUGCAAUGAGUAAGCAAAAGGCGGUAUUUGAAAAUGUGUAG